CGGUGGGAGGGACCGGCCAGCUCCGCGCCCCCUCCCCUGCUCGCGAGCUCGCGCGGUCUGUGUCUCUCCGCAAGUGCGGAGACGCCGAGGCGGCGGCGGCGGCGGCGGAGGAGGCGGAGGGUUGGGGGAGGAUCUCCAUUGAAAUAAACAACCAGGCAGCAGUUAUUAACACGGGAACAUGGCGGCCACAGUCUCAGCCCCAGCCUGGGCGGCGAAGGUCAGCGCCGACGGCAGCCGGCACCUGACGGCGUGACCGACCGUGAGCCGAUUUCUUUUGGAUUUGGGCACACAUUAAUAGAUCAUCUGCACUGUGUACAGACACAGUUGCUGAUAUGUGUUCAAGAUGAGUGGGAUGGGAGAAAAUACCUCUGACCCAUCCAGGUCAGAGACAAGGAAGCGAAAGGAAUGUCCUGAUCAGCUUGGACCCAGCCCCAAAAGAAAUACCGAGAAACGUAAUCGUGAACAGGAAAAUAAGUAUAUUGAAGAACUUGCAGAGCUUAUUUUUGCAAAUUUUAAUGAUAUAGACAACUUUAACUUCAAACCUGACAAAUGUGCAAUCUUAAAAGAAACUGUGAAGCAAAUUCGCCAGAUCAAAGAACAAGAGAAAGCAGCAGCUGCCAACAUAGAUGAAGUGCAGAAGUCAGACGUGUCAUCUACAGGGCAGGGUGUCAUUGACAAGGAUGCUCUGGGGCCUAUGAUGCUGGAGGCCCUUGAUGGGUUCUUCUUUGUGGUGAAUCUGGAAGGCAAUGUGGUGUUUGUUUCAGAGAAUGUGACACAAUAUCUAAGGUAUAACCAAGAAGAGCUGAUGAACAAAAGCGUAUACAGCAUCCUGCACGUUGGGGACCACACUGAAUUUGUCAAAAACCUGCUGCCAAAGUCUAUAGGUAAUAGGGCAGAAGGAAUGGCUAAAAUGGCCCUGAGUUCAAACCCCAGUACCACCAAAAACAAGAGAGAAAGAGAGAAAGAAGUGAACGGGGGAUCUUGGUCUGGAGAACCUCCUAGGCGGAACAGCCAUACCUUCAACUGUCGGAUGCUGGUAAAACCUUUACCUGAUUCAGAAGAGGAAGGUCAUGAUAACCAGGAAGCACACCAGAAAUAUGAAAUUAUGCAGUGCUUUGCGGUCUCUCAACCAAAGUCCAUCAAAGAAGAAGGAGAAGAUUUGCAGUCCUGUUUGAUUUGUGUGGCAAGAAGAGUCCCUAUGAAGGAAAGACCAGUUCUUCCCUCAUCUGAAAGUUUUACUACUCGCCAAGAUCUCCAAGGCAAGAUCACUUCUCUGGAUACUAGCACCAUGAGAGCAGCCAUGAAACCAGGCUGGGAGGAUUUAGUGAGAAGGUGCAUUCAGAAGUUCCAUGCACAGCAUGAAGGAGAAUCUGUAUCCUAUGCUAAGAGGCAUCAUCAUGAAGUACUGAGACAAGGAUUGGCAUUCAGUCAGAUCUAUCGUUUUUCCUUGUCUGAUGGCACUCUUGUUGCUGCACAAACGAAGAGCAAACUCAUCCGUUCUCAGACUACUAAUGAGCCUCAGCUUGUAAUAUCUUUACAUAUGCUUCACAGAGAGCAGAAUGUAUGUGUAAUGAAUCCGGAUCUGACUGCACCAGCGAUGGGGAAGCCAUUGAAUCCAAUUAGCUCUAGCAGUCCUGCCCAUCAGGCCAUGUGCAGUGGGAACCCAGGUCAGGACAUGACCCUCAGUAGCAAUAUAAAUUUUCCCAUUAAUGGCCCAAAGGAACAAAUGGGCAUGCCCAUGGGCAGGUUUGGUGGUUCUGGGGGAAUGAACCAUGUGUCCGGCAUGCAAGCAACCACUCCUCAGGGUAGUAACUAUGCACUCAAAAUGAACAGUCCCUCACAAAGCAGCCCUGGCAUGAAUCCAGGGCAGCACACCUCCAUGCUUUCACCAAGGCAUCGCAUGAGCCCCGGCGUGGCUGGCAGUCCUCGCAUCCCACCCAGUCAGUUUUCCCCUGCAGGAAGCUUGCAUUCCCCUGUGGGAGUUUGCAGCAGCACAGGAAAUAGCCAUAGUUAUACCAACAGUUCCCUCAAUGCACUGCAGGCCCUCAGUGAGGGGCAUGGGGUCUCAUUAGGGUCAUCGUUGGCUUCACCGGACCUAAAAAUGGGCAAUUUGCAAAACUCCCCAGUUAAUAUGAAUCCUCCCCCACUCAGCAAGAUGGGAAGCUUGGACUCCAAAGACUGUUUUGGACUUUAUGGGGAGCCAUCAGAAGGUACAACUGGACAAGCGGAGAACAGCUGCCACCCUGGAGAGCAAAAGGAAACAAGUGAUUCCAGCAUGCCCCAGGCUGUCAGUGCGGACAGAGCUGAGGGACAGAGCCGGCUACAUGACAGCAAAGGGCAGACCAAACUCCUGCAAUUGCUGACUACCAAGUCUGACCAGAUGGAGCCUUCACCCCUGCCCAGCUCUUUGUCGGACACAAACAAGGACUCCACAGGUAGCUUAUCUGGGCCUGGCUCUACACAUGGGACCUCGCUCAAGGAGAAGCAUAAAAUUUUGCACAGACUCUUGCAGGACAGCAGUUCCCCUGUGGACUUGGCCAAGCUAACAGCAGAAGCCACAGGCAAAGAGCUGAGCCAGGAGACCAGCAGCACAGCUCCUGGUUCGGAAGUGACUAUUAAACAAGAGCCAGUGAGCCCCAAGAAGAAAGAGAAUGCACUACUUCGCUACUUGCUAGAUAAAGAUGAUACUAAAGAUAUUGGUUUACCAGAAAUAACCCCAAAACUUGAGCGACUGGACAGUAAGACAGACCCUGCCAGUAAUACAAAACUAAUAGCUAUGAAAACUGAGAAGGAAGAGAUGAGCUUUGAGCCCAGUGACCAGCCUGGCAGUGAACUGGACAACUUGGAGGAGAUUUUGGAUGAUUUACAGAAUAGUCAAUUACCACAGCUUUUCCCAGACACGAGGCCGGGCGCCCCUGCUGGAUCAGUUGACAAGCAAGCCAUCAUCAAUGACCUCAUGCAACUCACAGCUGAAAACAGCCCUGUUACACCUGUUGGAGCCCAGAAAACAGCAUUGCGAAUUUCACAGAGCACUUUUAAUAACCCACGACCAGGGCAACUGGGCAGGUUAUUGCCAAACCAGAAUUUACCACUUGACAUCACAUUGCAAAGCCCAACUGGUGCUGGACCUUUCCCACCAAUCAGAAACAAUAGUCCUUACUCAGUGAUACCUCAGCCAGGAAUGAUGGGUAACCAAGGGAUGAUAGGAAACCAAGGAAACUUAGGGAACAGUAGCACAGGAAUGAUUGGUAGCAACGCUUCCCGGCCCACCAUGCCAUCUGGGGAAUGGGCACCUCAGAGUUCACCUGUGAGAGUCACUUGUGCUGCUACCACCAGUGCUAUGAACCGGCCAAUCCAAGGAGGUAUGAUUCGGAACCCAACAGCCAGCAUCCCCAUGCGACCCAACAACCAGCCUGGCCAAAGACAGAUGCUUCAGUCUCAGGUCAUGAAUAUAGGUCCAUCUGAGUUAGAGAUGAACAUGGGUGGAGCUCAGUAUAGCCAACAAGCUCCUCCCAAUCAGACUGCCCCGUGGCCUGAGAGCAUCCUGCCUAUAGACCAAGCAUCUUUCGCCAACCAGAACAGGCAGCCAUUUGGCAGCUCUCCCGAUGACUUGCUGUGUCCACAUCCUGCAUCUGAGUCCCCGAGUGAUGAGGGAGCCCUCCUGGACCAGCUUUAUCUGGCCUUGAGGAACUUUGAUGGCCUUGAGGAGAUUGAUAGAGCUUUGGGAAUACCAGAACUGGUCAGCCAGAGCCAAGCAGUAGAUCCAGAACAGUUCUCAAGUCAGGAUUCCAACAUCAUGCUGGAGCAGAAGGCCCCUGUUUUCCCACAGCAGUAUGCAUCUCAGGCCCAGAUGGCACAGGGCAGCUAUACUCCCAUGCAAGAUGCAAACUUCCACACCAUGGGACAGCGGCCUAGUUAUGCUGCGCUCCGUAUGCAGCCCAGACCAGGCCUCAGACCUACAGGCCUAGUGCAGAACCAGCCAAAUCAACUGAGACUACAGCUUCAGCACCGCCUCCAAGCACAGCAGAAUCGCCAGCCACUUAUGAAUCAAAUCAGCAAUGUUUCAAAUGUGAACCUAACUCUGAGGCCUGGAGUACCUACACAGGCACCUAUUAAUGCACAGAUGCUGGCCCAGCGACAGAGGGAAAUCCUAAACCAGCAUCUUCGACAGAGACAAAUGCAUCAGCAACAGCAAGUUCAGCAGAGAACUUUGAUGAUGAGAGGACAAGGGUUGAAUAUGACACCAAGCAUGGUGGCUCCUAGUGGUAUACCAGCAACCAUGAGCAAUCCCCGGAUUCCCCAGGCAAAUGCCCAGCAGUUUCCAUUUCCUCCAAACUACGGAAUAAGUCAGCAACCUGAUCCUGGCUUCACUGGGGCUACGACUCCCCAGAGUCCUCUAAUGUCGCCCAGAAUGGCACAUACCCAGAGCCCCAUGAUGCAGCAGUCUCAGGCCAACCCAGCCUAUCAGGCCCCCUCCGACAUGAAUGGAUGGGCACAAGGGAACAUGGGUGGAAACAGCAUGUUUUCACAACAAUCCCCACCACACUUCGGGCAGCAAGCAAACACCAGCAUGUACAAUAACAACAUGAACAUCAAUGUAUCCAUGGCGACCAACACAGGUGGCAUGAGCAACAUGAACCAGAUGACAGGACAGAUCAGCAUGACCUCAGUGACCUCUGUGCCUACGUCAGGGUUGCCCUCCAUGGGUCCCGAGCAGGUUAAUGAUCCUGCUCUGAGGGGAGGCAGCCUUUUCCCAAACCAGCUGCCUGGAAUGGAUAUGAUUAAGCAGGAAGGAGAUGCAUCACGGAAAUACUGCUGACCUUGAAGGUAGCUGGUUGCUUCAUUCUUCAGCUGACCAGGCUCACUUGCUCAAAACACUUACCAGUCUGGAGAGCUGUGUCUAUUUGUUUUGAUCCACCUGGCCUGUGGCCAGUUCUCCCAGAGCUUGAUCAGCGGACAGCUGGGCCUCAGCCCCAGCAUGGAGCAUACUCAGGCUGCCGCCAGUGGAGGAGCCGCCUCUUCUCCUGACAGCCCGAAGCCGCAUCCAGACCGUCGCUCAGUCUGUUCACUGCAUUCACCUUAGUGCAACUUAGAUCUCUCCUGCGAAGUAAAUGUUGACAGGCAAACUUCAUCCCCAUGUCAGAUUGAAUGUAUUUAAUGUAUGUAUUUAAGGAGAACCAUGCUCUUGUUCUGUUCCUGUUCAGUUCCAGACACUGGUUUCUUGCUUUGUUUUCCCUGGCUAAUCAAAUUAGUCUAGUUCAGAAUAUCAUGGUUUCAUCUGGGGAAAAGAAAAGAAUUCUUGAAAAUUAACGUGAAAGGUGUCUGAGGCGAAGGCUUGCAUUUGGGAAGGAAGCAGGGCAGACACAUGGACAGCGCGGUAGGUACAGACACGCUCGAUAAGAGAAAACCAAGAGUCAUAAUUGCACCUUUGCAGAAAGCUCUAAAGAACACAUUGCAGUUUCCACUUCUGAGCAGAUGAAAAGGAGCCUGCAAGAGGCUGUUAAUAUUAACAAGUAUCUGUUCCAUUGUUGUCAUUGUUAAAAGCAACUAGUUCACCUAAAUCAUAGCUAUUCUAAAUUGAGUUCCCUUUACAGUGAUCUGACACAUCUCCCUUUCCCUCAUCCUCACCUUCCCCUCUGCCUUCCGUAGCCCCUUGCUUUCCAUGUUUCAAUGUCACAUAAGCUACAGAAGCCAGGUAAGCCCUUUACUUCCAUAAAUGUUUUGCCAGCUACUCAUCAGUUGCUAACUAUUGAAUUUCAGAAAAAAAUGCAUUUACUGGCAAGGAGAGCAGCGAAAUUAAGCCUUGGUUCCAAUCAAGCUAAGGAUACCUGCUUUGGAUGCAUGAUUAUUCUGUUCCCAGCAGCUCUGGCCUCCAAAAUGGGAGAAAUACCUUGUGUAUUGAAAUUGACAGCAGAUAUCACGACAGAUUUCACCUCUGCCAUGUGUUUUUUAUUUUGUUUUUUAGCAGUGCUGACGAAGCCGAAGUUUUGUAAGGUACACAAAAUCCGAUUUAUAUGUAAACAAGCAAUAAUUUAAGUUCUGAACUUAAGUGUUUUAAUUGUAUAAUUUUUGUGAGGUAUACAUAUUGUGGAAUUGACUCAAAAAUGAGGUACUUCAGUAUUAAAUUAGAUAUCUUCAUAGCAAUGUCUCCUAAAGGUGUUUUGUAAAGGAUAUCAAUGCCUUGAUUAGACCUAAUUUGUAGAUUUAAGACUUUUUAUUUUCUAAACCUUGUGAUUCUGCUCAUAAAUCAUUUAUCUAUAUGAUAUGCAGCCGCUGUAGGAACAAAUUCUUGAUUUUUGUAUGUUUAUAUUCUUUCUUAAUGAACCUUAGAAAGACUUCAUGUGACUAAGCAGGCCACUUUUAUGGUUGUUUUUCUUGCCCCUUCCGCCGGGGAUAGCCUUUUAUUAACUGGGCUCAGUUUCAGACAACCGCAAUACCAAGAAACUGAUGACCUUUUUUGAGCUAUUGUCUCCGCAACCCUAGUACACAUACUUUCUUACCUAAAUUUCACAGUGAUAUCUUUUUGAUGUCUAAAAAGCAAAGCAUUUUAUAAUACCGCAUUAGCCAGGCUUUUUAGGAACAGACAAGUCCCCCCCACCCUUGGAAUUUGAUUAUUUUUGGCAGGGUAAAAAAAAAAUGUACAAAAGUAGCUCCCUUAUUUAUAUUUAUAUCUCUUUCUAUCUGCAAAUUAUGGGACUAUGGAAAGAGAUACAGCCCAAAGAGAAAUGGUAAGUAGACAGUCUGAAAGUGUUGCUCCAUACUAAAGAGACAUUCUAGAAAUUUGCAUUUCAAUACUUCUUCCCGCUUUGAGAGGGUUCUCAGUACUGGGAGGUGGCCAAGGAACCACACUUCUUAGCUGCCGCCAGUUCACACGUUCCCUCAAAGGCUCUACUUUUCUCCACCAAACUGUUGGGUUGCCCAGUUGAGACGUCAAGAUGGCAAGCAGGUGUAGGCCCGAACUCCAGGCCUCAUCCAAGCCAUGAGGCUCGUGUGGCACACAGUGUAACGUGACCAGUUUAUAAGUUAAUUGUUAGAAAUAUAUGUGAGUUAGGGUGACUUUUAACUUCACUCAGCACAAAAGAAAAUGGAAUUUAGACCACAGAUGUUCAGUUUUGAGUUUUAUGCCCCUUUUCACUAUAAUUCACCCCCAAAUAUCCACAUAGCCAUCACUGUUUAUUCAUUGGCCCUGUGUUGGGAUGUAUAUCCCAUAUCAGACAAACUUGCAAGCCUGUCAUACGGGCAGGUUAGAAUAAUUCAUGAUCAUAUGUCUAGAAAGGGAAAGAGAAUAUAAGUCCUCUUAUGGUUCAGAUCAAGUAAUGGAUUUUUUGUUUUACAUCUAAUUAGGAAAAGAAAAUCAGUGAAGUAAUCCUCUGAUCAUAUUGAUCACUGUAGAAGCAAAAGCCAAAUCAAUUCCCUUGGUUAUCAGUAUUUCUCGUGCUGUAUACAAGAAAUUGGUUAGACUGAGUACUUGGUUUUUGUUUAAUAGACGAAAUAAUCAGUGUUUUACUUAAUAUUACUAAAUGUGAAAAACAUAAUGUGAAAGUAUGCAUACAUUAACUAGGUUAUAAAAUCCAUUUAAGUGUUCAUGUAAUGUGGUAAGGUUAAAAGUGAAGUGGGCUGUUUUACUACAAUGAAUUUGGUUGACUGGAAGAUAAAAAGGCCCCUCCCCCACGUGUAUCUCUUACGGCCUGUAAUAAUUGAAAGCAAUGUUUUUGCAGUUUGUAUGAUGCAAUUUUUAAUCUGUGUUUAAAAAUGGAGUUCAUAUGGGCUUAACGCAUGAACUGGGUGGCACAGAUCCACUUGCAGAACCCAAAGAUACACAAUCAAUUUUGAAAUGCAACUUAAGCCAUUAAUUGUUGGUGUGAAUUUAAAAUUUUCUAGUGUUUAUAUGGUAGUAUGCUGCCUAAGAGCAAAGCAUCCUCUGCACAAAAGAAAAUUACUGUAGUGGCUUCGAUUUUCAUUAGAAUUUUCUCCCUGGUGUUUCUUUAUAGACUAAAACAAAAAUCUUUUAAGUUUCUUACUACAGGUAAAAGCUAUGUGCAAGAACCUCAAAAUGCUAAAAUCUAGCAUAAUGCCUUAGAUCUGUUUUUCAGUCUUGUAUAUUCCUACAUAGCUGUCUGAUGUAUUAUAUUUGUAUAGUGAAUUGUGUACAAUUUUUGAAUACGUGCAUCAUCACUUGCCCUUUAUGUUCCUGAGUAGUGAUGAUGGUACAUUUCUGCAAACAUUUAACUGUCUUUUUUUUUCCUUUGUCAUAUUUGUGGGUUUUAUUUGUACAGUUCCUCAUGAAGUUGCAUCUGAGAUGUGUGUAUAUGAAAAGAUUAUACAAGGGUAAAAUUAAGCAAUAUAUUAACUAUGGUUCUUCAGGAGAAAGCGUACAGUGUUCAGGUUGUGAUUUAUUUUCAAAACGGAGUUAACUCUGAACAUCACUUUGUUCACCUGCAUUGAUGUUUGUAUUUCUAGUGUGAGCAGUUUAUGCAAAGGUAGAUAUAUUCAGAGAAAUUUUAAAUACAUUUAUGCAAGUUAAUAUUGCUUUGCUGAUGCUUUUUGCUUAUUUGAUGUUAAAUAAUGCUAUUGUAAAUAAAGAUUUCUGUUGUUAUUGCAUCAUUUAAUAAAUUUUAAUGCCUUCGGGUUUUACAUGGCUUUAGAGAUUUUAAUGUAGUUAUGUUGUAUCUUCUUUCAUAAUUGCAUUUAAAUAAAAAAAUACCUUACUUGUCUUUUAGAAAGUUUUUACCCCACUAGGGGGCAGUUAACAUGUUCACAGCACUUUAACGGUUCAUUUUCUCAGGAACGAACCUAUUUUACAGAUUAUUGAUUUGAAACCAAGAAGAAUGAUUACACAUGGGUCAAAUUUGUCCCUAAGUGAAUUACUAAAUGUUCCUACUAUUUUCACUAUCCUGUUCUUUACUUCCCCAAAUCUAUGAAAACAAUGUGAACUUUGACUAGCUUCUUAAGGCAUAAAGGGUUAGCAGAUUGAUCUGGUAAUAAUGGGUGAACAAUGCAAGUAAAAUUCCUAAAACUCAGGUCCUAAACUCUGAAAUAGAUGACCUGAAAUUGUACUUUUUUCUUCUGUUUUUUCUCUGAAGUAAGAGUCUGUUGAGCUGUUACAUACAGAUGGUAGCCUGAAGAGGAACAGGUCCUGACAGGUUCUGCAGUGGCCAGAAGCAACAUAUUUCUCCAGUUACCUUUCUCAGAAACACCAAAACAAGAUGAAAGAUUAGAAAAAGCUACCAAUGCCACUAACUACGCUAACAGAUUAAAAGAAAGGAAAAAGGUAUCCAUUAGAGCUGGAAGUAUGGCUUACUGCCUCUCUAGCAAGUGUGAGAGUUCAAAGCCUAUACUGGAAGAAAAAGAAAAAUUUAUAAGCCCACAGUGAAAUGCUAAGAAAUUAAAUACUAAUGCUAGGAAUGGAAGCAAGAAAAUACACAGACCCAAAAAAGCCAGUGAGUAACUCUUGGAAUGAUGGAAAUGUCCAUUUGGAUGGCUAGAAUAUACAAAAAUCAAUACUACCACACUAAUAGACAAUGUUUUUAAUUUAUUUAGAUGAUCCAUAAAAUUGUAAAUAUUUGUGGAGUACCAUCUAAGGUGUCUACAUGUAUAACUGUAUGUAUUUAUGAAGUACCAUGUAAUGCGUCAAUACAUUAUACAUUGUGUAA